AUGAAGUACUCUAUUGCUGGGCAGGCGUUGAAGUUGUCCUCCGCUGAGGACAUGCGGCCGCACGUCGAGGCGCUUCUUGCGCUGGAGACCUGUACAGUGUUGGACAUGUCCGGGAACACUCUUGGUGUCGAGGCGUCCCGUGUGCUCGCCGAGGCGAUAGAGAACCCGAGGGUGCGGGACCACUUGUUGGAGGCCAACCUCGCUGACUUGUACACGUCGCGGCUCGUUGACGAAGUUGUCGAGUCCCUAGGGUGUCUCGUCGGGGCACUGCUCAAGUGUGAGAAGUUGCACACGGUGGAUCUCUCAGAUAACGCGCUUGGGUUGCGUACGAUUGACCACUUAGAGAGGUUUAUCGGUGGGGCCAAACCCUUGAGACACCUGUACUUGAGUAACAACGGGAUGGGACCCUUUGCUGGGGAGAGGAUCGGUAAAGCCCUGCAUAAGCUGGCUAAAGUCCAAGCACCAGAGGACAAGGCAUCUGGGCUGCUCCAGACGUUUGUGUGCGGACGUAACAGGCUCGAGAACGGUGCGAUGCCCGGGAUCGCUCUCGGUCUUCGUGCUCACGGCGCGGAACUCCAAUGCGUCCGGCUGUUCCAGAACGGGAUCCGUCCUCGUGGGAUCGCCCAAUUGCUCGACCAUGGGCUCUGCCACGUCCCCACACUUCGCACCCUUGACCUCCAGGACAACACUUGCACUCUUCGUGGGUCCCAAGCUUUGGCACGCACAUUGCCCCGCUGGGCAACAACUUUGGAGGAACUUAACCUCAACGACUGUCUACUCAAGGGUCUAGGUGCAUCGCAAGUGCUUGCAGUGCUUAAGAAGGAACGCUUCCCUCGUCUGCACACCCUCAAGCUAGAGUACAACGAGAUCACUCAGCAGACUCUCGAGGAAGCACUCGUCGCGGCCAUCGAGGCAGACCACUUGCCCCAAUUGCACCACCUCGAGAUCAACGGGAACCGGUUUGAGGAGGACUCCACGGCACUCAACACCCUCGCUGACAGGUUCGAUGAUUUGGAACUCGAUGACUUGGAGGAGGAAGAUAGUGAUGAGGAAGAGGACGAGGACGAUGAGGAAAGCGAUGCUGAGAGUGACGACGACGCCGAUGCUGAAGUUGACGCCCUCGCAAAGGAACUCGCCGGCGCAUCGAUCUAG